AUGAAAGUGAUGGAUGGUCACGGUGUUCGGACCAUGACCGUGGCUGGUCUAAGCUACGGUGGAUUUGUGGCGUAUUCAAUUGCGGCGCAGUUUAAGGAGAGGGUAGAUCGAGUUGUGCUAAUAUGCGCCGGUGUUGCUUUGGAAGAGAAAGAUGUUGAGGAAGGUAUGUUUAAAGUUAAGUCCCCGGAGGAAGCGGCGAUGAUUUUGUUUCCUCAGUCUCCGACUAUGCUCCGGCGACUUCUCAAGUUAUCUUUUUACAAGCCUCCGAUUUGGAUCCCUUCUUGCUUUGCCAUGGACUACAUUCAUGUGAUGUGUAGAGAUUAUCUUCAUGAAAGGAAAGAGCUUGUGGAAGCUUUACAUAAGGGUAGGCGAUUCGCCAGUCUUCCAAAGAUAACACAGCCUACAUUGAUGAUAUGGGGAGAGGAAGAUCAAGUUUUUCCAGUCGAAUUGGCGCAUAGAUUGAAAAGUCAUUUAGGGGAAAACAGAGCACAAUUAGUGCUAGUAAAGAAGACAGGACAUGCGAUUAAUGAAGAGAAACCAAAGGAGAUGUACAAACACAUGAAAUCUUUUCUUUGCACUGAUGCAAUGAUUCCUCCAAAUGACAAUGCUAAGAGACUCAUUUUAGCAAGCUUAAUAUCUCCAAAUCAGAUCAACAAGUGA